UCGCUCGUGAAAUCUCAACCCUUGGAAGUGAAAGCAAGGAGGAUCAAGAAGUCAAAUUCAUACCUGGCUGCAUAGCCAAAUUACAGACUGACGGCAGAAGUCGGGGUUCCAAGAGACCCGGCGGGGGAGGGGCGGCGUACACACGUGGACCCGUCCUUUGACCCUUUAAUGGUCGGCGUCGUCCAAAGGCCACCAAUCCGCCACUCAUUCGUUAGUUAAUGGCAGCCUUCUUCACCAAUCGGCUAUCCGAAGUACGCCCCGCCGUCCAAUCGCAGUGCAUUACUGGGUGGCCUAGCAGUUGCGCAGAGGCAGAGCAAUCCUGGGCGUCCCAUUGGCUGGAUCAAACCCAAGCGAGCCUCUGAUUGGCUAGCGCAGCAGGAGGGUUACAAUUCAAACGCGGGCGGCGGCCCGCAGCCCCGCAGUUGCUCUUUCGUCUCCACACGCUUGUCUCCGUGCCAGCACCUCUGGGAUGGCCUCGCAGAACCGCGACCCAGCUGCAGCCAGCGUUGCCGCCGUUCGAAAAGGAGCAGAACCCUGCGGGGGCGCCGCCCGGGGCCCUGUGGGCAAGAGGCUACAGCAGGAGCUGAUGACCCUCAUGAUGUCUGGUGACAAAGGAAUUUCCGCCUUCCCCGAAUCAGACAACCUGUUCAAAUGGGUAGGAACCAUCCAUGGAGCGGCCGGCACUGUAUAUGAAGACCUGAGGUAUAAACUCUCCCUAGAGUUCCCCAGUGGCUACCCUUACAACGCACCCACAGUGAAAUUCCUCACACCGUGCUACCACCCCAACGUGGACACCCAGGGCAACAUCUGCCUGGACAUCCUCAAGGACAAGUGGUCUGCACUGUAUGAUGUCAGGACCAUCUUGCUCUCCAUCCAGAGCCUGCUAGGAGAACCCAACAUCGAGAGCCCUUUGAACACACAUGCUGCAGAGCUCUGGAAAAACCCCACAGCAUUUAAGAAGUACCUGCGAGAAACCUAUUCAAAGCAGGUCUCCAGCCAAGAGCCCUGACGGCAGCUCUCCCGCUUUCUCCUGUGUCGUCUCUCUUCUUAGAUGUCUGUCCUUUCUCCGUGCUUUCUGAGCUGUGCUGUUUUGUUUUAUUUGUUUUUUUAAAUUAAGUCUGCUUGAACCCAUACAAUGUAUAUUGAAUAAAUGCACGUUGAUUGUUUUUGUAUAAA